GGAGAAGAAGGAGGAGGGGAUGGAGAGAGAAGGAGGGGAAAGGAGAGAGGACAAAAUAUUCAAAACAAAGGACGCUUUUGGACGACAGGAAAAGUUAUUCCGUCUCUCACAGUUGAAGUGUACCUAUGAUAACAAUUACAGACCUCUACAUGCUUUCUCGUAAACAUCCAGCUCUUACAAGGAUGGGCACUCUUCCAAUCACCCUGCUCCUCUGUGGUUUCCACGCCCUCACAGCUGUAGCCCAAGCCCCGCAGGCUGUGGUGGAACUCCACAGAGGUGACUGGAAUGAAGAGGAGGCUUUGGUGUCUGUCUCUACCCUACCGCCUGACUGUCGGGAAGAGACGUACCCCUGUACCAGGAUGUACUCUGUCCACCGGCCCAUCAAGAGAUGCAUCCACUCCCUCUGCCUUUACAGCCUCCCUCGUGUCUAUGUGAUCAACAAGGAGAUAUGUGUUAGAACUGUCUGCCAACAGGAUGAGUACCUGAAGGCUGAGCUCUGUAGGGAGCGGUCCGGCUGGCCCAAACGCUUCCAGAGGUCAACCACCAAUAAGAAACGCUGUCGCAAUCGCCAUGGCAACCCCAAAACCUGGGAAAACAAGGCCUGAUGGGCCCAAAAUGGAGGAGUUAGAAGGAGGGGUGGAGGAGGAAGGAGAGAAGGGGAGAAGGAGGGGUGGAGGAGGAAGGAGAGAAGGAGUAGGAGGGAGGACACCCUUGGAGACAGAACACUGGGUUGUCUCCAUAAAAAGACCCCAAAACACCAUAAAUUCACCGCUCAACACCUGGUGCUAGCCUGUGACUUAAUAAACAACCACAACCACGCACGCACACAUACACACACAAACAACAUUGUUUUAUAUAUAUAUAUAUAUAUAAAACACAGUCCACGUGACUCCAGUUAAGAACAGUCCGAGUCAUAUUUCUCAGUUCUUCUAUUAGCCCUGUGUUUUAAUAGAACUGUAUGUGAAUAUCAGGGGAGAAAUCACUCCCCACAGAUUGGACCUGUGUUUUAAUAGAACUGUAUGUGAAUAUCAGGGGAGAAAUCACUCCCCACAGAUUGGACCUGUGUUUUAAUAGAACUGUAUGUGAAUAUCAGGGGAGAAAUCACUCCCCACAGAUUGGACCUGUGUUUUAAUAGAACUGUAUGUGAAUAUCAGGGGAGAAAACACUCCCCACAGAUUGGACCUGUGUUUUAAUAGAACUGUAUGUGAAUAUCAGGGGAGAAAUCACUCCCCACAGAUUGGACCUGUGUUUUAUUUGACACAGAUCAUGUUCUGUGCCAUUGUGGGCUGUAUAAUACUGUUCAGAUGGAACGCUGUUGAGUUCCUGUAGUUGUGUACUGUAGAGACAGUCUAUCCACUCUGUCAUUGCUGACACCUUAUUGUAAAGCACUCUAUCACAAUCCAAUACUACAAAGCAGUGCAAUACUACCCAAUAAAAUGUCAUUCAUU